CAGACUCGGCAUCAAAUACAUCAGCAUUAUUAAACAAUGGCGGAGACCAUCAAGGUUGCAGUGAGGGUGCGCCCACUGAUUCAGCGUGAGCUCGAUGCAGGUGCAACAAUUGUGGUGGCCAUUCACAACAAUGCCGUCACUGUGGACCAUGGCCCCCAGCGCCGAACGUUUGGGUUUGACCAUGCCUACUGGAGUGUGGAUGCAAAAGAUGCAGGCUACGCUUCACAGGAGCACGUGAACAACGACAUUGGCAAACCAUGCUUGGAGAAUAUGCUCAAGGGCUACAACUUCUGCGUGUUUGCGUAUGGGCAAACAGGAGCGGGCAAAACCCACACGCUGAGCGCUUCUUCCUCCAAAGGAGACAAGCAAAUGGGCCUCAUUCCGUUCGUGCUGGAGGGCCUCUUCACGCACCAUCGAGCCAAAUUCAAGAAUGACGAGCUCAGGAUCUGGAUUUCGUUCAUGGAGAUCUACAAUGAGCAGAUCCGCGAUCUGCUGAAUCCGGGAAGAGACGCACCCGACCUCAAGGUGAGGGACCACCCCGAAUUUGGAGCUUACGUGCCUGGCUUGACGGAAGCCCCAUGCAGCGAGAUUGCGGAUGUGAAGAAGCUCAUGGAUUUCGGUACCAAAAAGCGUGUUACAGCCGCAACCAACAUGAAUGCUGGAUCCUCAAGAUCUCACGCUGUGUUUACAAUCCGGGCACAGCGGCUGACAGGAACGAAACCUGGCAAGAAGGAUAGGAAGUCUCUCAGCUCCCGGGUCAACCUCGUCGACCUGGCCGGCUCGGAGCGCAUUGCGAAGAGUGGAGCCGACGGACUUCGACUCCGGGAAGGCUGUGCCAUCAAUCAGUCUCUCACUGCCCUAGGCCUCGUGAUUAAGCAAUUGGCAGAAAUCCAGCGAGAUGGUGGGAAGAAGGGAGCCGGGCGACGGAAGAGUACCGUGGACGAACAAACAAAGGCGAUUCCCUUCCGCGCAUCCAAAUUGACUUUUCUUCUGCGGGAGUCUCUCGCCGGCAACUCCAAGACGUUCAUGGUGGGCGCGAUUUCUCCCGCAUCUUGCUCUGCCGACGAAACAGUUAGCACACUGAGGUUUGCCAGCUCGGUGAAGCGAGUCAAGACUGUGGCGCUUCAGAAUGUCAACAAAAAGGCGGAGGCUGUAGCUUCCCUGCAGGCAGAAGUGACCAGACUGGCGGAGAUGUUGGCAAACGCUGGAGCACAUGGUGCAGGUGAUGCGAUGAUAACUACUCUCCAUGAUGACUUGGAAGAACGAGAACGACUCCUGCAGGAGAUGACGAAGUCCCAUCGGCAGGAGAUGGCAGAAGCCAAAUUGAUUCAGGCCAAGCGCGAAGAGGUUCUCAAGGAGAUGGGCGUGACACAGCAGGAUUUGGCGCAGACCAUCGGGAUUGACAAAGACGUGCCCUACCUGCUCAACAUGAACGAGGACCCAGCUUUGGCUGGCAAGAUGAUGUACUUCUUGCCUCCUGGGCAGCCAAUCACGAUUGGUACACAUCCGGACAACAAGAUUGUGCUCCAGGGCCUUCGCAUGCCUGAGCACCUGUGUGCCAUCGAGAAUCUACAAGACCAAAUCGUUGUGAGAACCUGCAAGCAGCCGGAAACAGGAAACCAGGGAUUGAGCAUGAAGGCCCGGGUCUGCGUGAACGGCUCGGCCAUGCAAGAGAAUGAGCAGAGGAAGCUGAAGCACAACGACAAGCUCUUUCUGGGACGAGUGUCUGCUGUGCGGCUGAUUGUCCCUGAGGCAGCGCGAUCUCUGGGCCAGGCUGGUUCUGCGCUGCCCGAGCGGGAGCAGGACGCGGAGCUCUUGAGGUCAGUCGUCCCUGAGGAUAGCCGCGCUUGGGCAGAGCUUCACCUUCACCUCGAGGAUUUGCGGUCCCGACUUGGAGAAGAGUCUGGCCAGGAGGUCUUCCGGACCCUGAUUGAAGCUUCUGGGUUAGUGGACGAGGCGAACGAGAUCACUGCUGCGAUUCGCCCGGGGGACAACUUGAAGUUCGAGGUAGAGUUGGCUUGGGAUAUCCAUCGAGCUGGAGCAGCAACCGACAUUGUGGUUAUUCGUUUGAUGAAGAUGAAGGAAGCUCCUGCUGAACCAGAUGACGAGGACUUGUCGCCUACUUCGAACACCAGCGAGGUGGACGCGGACAACAUGGCGGUUGCCUACUGGACCCUGCUGAAGUUCAAGGCGCGCUUGGACCAGAUGCGCGAUUGCUUCGAUGAGCACCAGCAGCACGGCAGGUGGAGUGGAAGCGGCGACUGUUUGCGCGAUCCGUGGAUGGAGCCUUCGAUUGUCGAACUUAAGCAACGGCUGGUUGCACACUUAGACGCCGAGUCCAGGCGCAGGUGCGCGAGCAAAGCCAGUGGGGCUGCACUUUCGCCUCGGGAUCAGGCCACCAAGGUGGCUGCUCAAGCAGCAGCCCAAGUGCGAUUUGGCUCGAAGGCAUCCAUGGUAUCAGCAGAAUCCUUGCGUGGCCCCGGCAGCCGGGAGGCCAGCAAGGUCCGGAUGCUGCAGCCCACUCUUGGGCGCCGCUUGACUCCUCGUGGCGUGGAGGCAUCGCCGGUGCCCAGAAACGCGCCGAGCACUUCAAGCACUGCAAGGGCCAAGCCACAGGUCUUGGAGGACCUUGGCGGGCUAGGCUCAUUGAAAGCGCCUCUCAGUCCCUUUGCACGCAGUGAAAGCUGCACCAGCAUCUCGAGCCACAACCAGCCCAAAGGUGCCUUGAAGGAGAACUUGCAAGAGUGGCAGGAUGAGCUCGGGGAGUCCAUGAAGGCUCAGCUUCGAGAAAAAACCGAGAAGGAAGAGCUGUACCGCCUGAGGAUAGAAUAUCUUCAGCAGCAGAUAGAGCUCUACAACUCCGUUCGGGCGCAGGUGAAUCCAUGGCCACAGGUUGACCGGUCUCCUCGAGUUAUGGGCAGGGCAAGAAGUUCGAGUCCCUCACGAGAGCCUCAAACUUCGGAUGCCGGACUUUCCACGAUUGCAACAACGCGCUUUGCAGUAAGGACAAUCUCCUCUGCAGUUCGCUCGAUGUCUGCACGUGAUGCAAUACCACCAACGACUACUAGCCCACCUGUCCACGAGGUACCCGUGGUGCAAGUCACCAGCAAAGAGCCUUUGACUGUCCCUGGGAGUUUGUCGCCUCGAUAUGUGGCCAAAGAGCCCUUAGCGCCCAUCGCCAGAGGGGGCAGUGUAUCUCCAGCUCCGAUUUGGCCAAAGUCCUGCGAGGCCCCGGUGGAGCCUCGGAGGAUGGCUUCCAGCCUAACCCCGGAGCGGACCAUGGAGGUGAAACAGCCACUGCGGGUGAUUCCACACACGGUGUACUCGGUCGCGACGGUGAGAAACGCGCCGCCGAACUACACUCCUGCCGGGCACUCGGGGUUGAGAGCCAGUCGGAGCCGUGGAGAGGCAGUGUCGAGGUGCUGCCCCUGAUGGUGUUGCAGGGGCGCCCGAAGGAGCCUUUGGCCGUCCCGGUGAGCUCGCCACGUGUCUGUUUCACCACUUGAGCGUAUCCGCGGAGGUCCAAACCUCGGGCGUGCUCUUCCCACGUGUUCUGGACGUGUCAAACACAAAACAAUGAGUG